CACUGCAGAGCGACAGGAUGGAGAGGACGCAGCGCAUCGGCGGAGCACUGGAGGUGAACGGGACCGGAGCCGGAACCAAGACCCGGUCCGAGUCCUGGUCUGAGGAGCUCAUCUUCUUUGUUAAUGGCAAAAAGAUUGUUGAGAAGCAGGUGGAUCCCGAGAUGACACUGCUGACAUAUCUGAGGAGAAAAUUGGGUUUAACAGGAACUAAACUGGGAUGUGCUGAAGGUGGAUGUGGAGCGUGCACUGUCAUGUUGUCAAGAUACCAAACAGAUACCAACCAGCUCCAACAUCAUGCCGUGAACGCCUGCCUCGCCCCACUCUGCUCCCUGCACCUGGUUGCCGUGACAACCGUGGAGGGCAUUGGCAGCGUGGCCAGGAAGCUGCACCCGGUCCAGGAGCGAAUAGCCCUGUCUCACGGGUCGCAGUGCGGAUUCUGUACCCCCGGCAUCGUCAUGUCCAUGUACGCUCUGCUGAGGAACAACCCCACCCCGACCAUGGGCGACGUGGAGGAGGCUUUCCAAGGGAAUCUGUGCCGCUGCACCGGGUACCGACCAAUCCUGGAGGGAUACAGGACCUUCACUGUGGAGGGUGGGUGCUGUGGAGGCGGAGGUCGGCAGAACGGCUGCUGUCUGACCAACGGGAGCGCAGCUGAGAGGAGUCUUGGCGAGGAGGAGGAGGAGGAGGGGGCCACGCCUCUGUUCAACGCCGCAGAGUUCAAACCAUUUGACCCAACACAGGAAGUCAUCUUUCCUCCUGAGCUGAUGGCUCUCUCUAAAAGUCAAAAGAGAAAAUCCCUGCGUUUCCGUGGUGACCGAACCACGUGGCUGCAGCCUGCAUGCCUGGACGAGUUCCUGCGUCUGAAAUGGGAACAUCCGGAGGCCCGAGUGGUGGUCGGAAACACCGAAGUGGGGAUCGAGGUGAAGUUUAAGAACAUGGUCUACCCGGUCAUUUUGGCGCCAACCUUCAUUCCUGAACUGACCGCAGUGACACACACUGACGACGGUAUUGUGUUUGGUGCGGCGUGCACGCUCAGCCACAUGGGCGCGGUGCUGCGCCGGGCGAUGCAGACGCUCCCCUCCCAUCAGACUGAGGUGUUUGGGGCGGUUGUGGAGCAGCUGCGCUGGUUUGCUGGACAGCAGAUUCGUAACGUGGCGGCUGUAGGUGGAAACAUCAUGACCGCCAGUCCCAUCUCAGACCUCAACCCAGUUUUCAUGGCCGCCGGCUGCAGACUCACUCUGAUGGACAAAGGAGGCAGCCAUGAGCUUCGCAUGGACGACGGCUUCUUCACAGGUUACAGAAGGACAGCAGUGCGCCCGCAGGAGGUGCUGCUCUCCAUCCUCAUCCCGUACAGCCGCAGGACUCAGUUCGUCUCCGCCUUCAAACAGUCGCCCCGUCGUGAGGACGACAUCAGCAUCGUCACGGCGGCGAUGAGCGUCACUUUCGUCCCCGGGACCGAUGUGGUGGAGGACUUGAGGCUGAGCUACGGCGGAAUGGCGGCGAAUACGGUGCUCGCCAAAAAGACGGCAAGCCGACUGUUGGGAAGGUCGUGGGGGGAGGAGCUUCUGGAGGAGGCCUGCUCCUCAUUGGCUGAGGAGAUGGUAUUGGACCCCUCUGCUCCGGGCGGUAUGGUGCCGUACCGUCGGACCCUGGCCCUCAGCCUCUUCUACAAGUUCUACCUGACGGUUCUGCAGAAGCUCCGCCUCCAGGGCGUGAACGUGGACGACGUUGCCUCGAACUGUCUGAGCGCAACAGAGAUUUACCACCCACAGACGCCCUCCAGUGUCCAGAUUUACCAGGCGGUGCCAAAGGGCCAGAACCAGGACGACGUGGUGGGACGUCCCAUGAUGCACCUGUCCGCCAUGAAACAGGCCACGGGUGAGGCGGUUUACUGUGACGACGUGCCGCUGUACGAGAACGAGCUGUAUCUGUCGCUCAUCACCAGCAGCAAGGCCCACGCACACAUACGCUCCAUUGACGUAUCCGUGGCCGAGCGUUCUCCUGGCGUCCUCUGCUUCCUGUUCGCCGCUGACAUCCCCGGCAGUAACGCCACUGGACCCAUCAAUUACGAUGAGACCGUCUUCGCUGACGGCGAGGUGACCUGCGUGGGGCACAUCAUUGGCGCCGUGGUGGCCGACACGCAGCUUCACGCUCAGAGAGCCGCCAAAGCCGUUCGCAUUGAGUAUGAAGAGCUGCCAGCAAUCAUCACCAUCAAGGAGGCCAUUGCCGCCAAGUCUUUCUAUCAACCAAUCAGAACCCUUCAGCAGGGAGACUUGGAGGCAGGGUUUAAACAGGCUGACCACAUACUGGAAGGCGAGCUGCAUAUUGGAGGUCAGGAACAUUUCUACCUGGAGACAAACGUUACCCUGGCCGUACCCCGAGAGGAUGGCGAGAUGGAGCUGUUUGUUUCCACUCAGUCUGCUUCCAAGACUCAGGCUCUGGUCGCAAAGGCUCUGGGCGUCCCUGCAAACCGUGUUGUGGUCAGGGUGAAGAGGAUGGGCGGAGGUUUUGGCGGGAAGGAGAGCCGGACGACCAUUUUGUCCACGGUGGUUGCCAUGGCAGCAAAAAAGCUACAGAGGCCGGUCAGGUGCAUGCUGGACCGCGAUGAGGAUAUGGUGGUCACAGGGGGACGGCACCCUUUCUACAGCAAAUACAAGGUUGGUUUCCUGAGCAGCGGUAAAGUGGUGGCUCUUGAUGUUUCAUACUACAGCAAUGCUGGAAACUCCACAGAUCUCUCUCUAUCGGUCAUGGAGCGUGCUCUGUUUCACAUGGAGAACUCAUACAGUAUUGCAAAUGUCCGUGGCCGAGGUUACCUCUGUCGCACCAAUCUACCCUCGAACACCGCCUUCAGGGGCUUCGGGGGGCCGCAGGGCAUGAUGGUGGCUGAAAGCUGGAUCACCGAUGUAGCUCAGACUCUCAGAAGACCGGCUGAGGAGGUGCGUCGGUUGAACCUUUACGCGGAAGGUGAGCUGACGCCAUACAACCAGGUCCUGGAUCAGCUCACUCUGGACCGCUGCUGGGACGAAUGUUUGCAGCGGGCUGGAUAUCAGCAACGGCGAGCUGCUGCAGACGUCUACAACAGCCAGAACCGAUGGACCAAACGAGGCCUUGCUAUCGUCCCCACCAAGUUUGGUAUCAGCUUCACCGCCGUCUUCCUGAAUCAGGCAGGUGCUCUGGUUCACAUCUACACUGACGGAUCAGUGCUGCUGACCCAUGGAGGCACCGAGAUGGGACAGGGACUCCACACCAAGAUGGUCCAGGUGGCCAGCAGAGUUCUUGGCAUCCCCUCUUCAAAGAUCUACAUUUCAGAGACCAGCACCAACACGGUGCCCAACACCAGCCCCACCGCCGCCUCCGCCUCCUCUGACCUGAACGGCGCUGCUGUGCAGAACGCCUGUGAGAUUCUGUUCAAACGCCUGGAGCCGUACCGGAGCAGAAAUCCCAAAGGAUCAUGGGAGGACUGGGUGAAGACGGCGUACUUCGACAGGGUCAACCUCAGCGCCAACGGGUUCUACAAAACUCCUGAUCUGGGCUACAACUUUGAGACAAAUUCUGGUCGAGCGUUUCACUACUUCAGCUACGGCGUGGCCUGUUCAGAGGUGGAGAUCGACUGCCUGACCGGAGCUCACAAGAAUCUAAGCACCACCAUCGUCAUGGAUGUCGGACACAGUUUGAAUCCUGCUCUGGACAUCGGUCAGGUGGAGGGCGCCUUCAUGCAGGGUCUGGGUCUCUUCACCCUGGAGGAGCUGCACUACUCACCUCAGGGUGUCCUCCUCACUCGAGGCCCCGGUUUAUACAAGAUUCCAGCAUUUGGUGACAUUCCGACUCAGCUGACCGUCUCACUGCUCCGUGACGCCCCCAACGACAAGGCCAUCUUUGCCUCAAAGGCUGUUGGCGAGCCGCCACUGUUUCUGGCUUCCUCGGUUUUCUACGCCAUCAAAGACGCCAUCAGUGCUGCCCGGGCGGAGUCUGGCAUCAGUGGGCCGUUCAGGCUGGACAGCCCCGCCUCCGCCGAAAGGAUCCGCAAUGCCUGCAGUGACCGUUUCACCAAACUGUGUCCUCCUGCUGAGCCGGGCACCUUCAGGCCCUGGUCGGUCCAGGUUUAAGAAGCUCAUCCAUCAGCGAAGCAGCACCUGAGGCAACAAACUGCUGCAAUAUAACACGGAUAAGUAACAGAUCUUAAAGAUUCAGACUCACUGAUAAACGAAGCUGCAUCAUCUGCAUAAGUGAUUAACUUGAACUGUGCUUCACUGAUUUCUGUCCGUGAUUCACUCGUCUGUGAUGGAACAAGACCAAUCAAGUAAUGAGCAGAGCUUUUGCAAUAAAAA